AACAAACGGGACCGCACACCGUGCAGCGUACUGUUUGAGCCCAGCAGCAGGAGUGAUGGGGGUAGAUCUAGAUGCACCCAACCCCUGUCGUUUGGACUUCUCCCAGAAGAGUAUGGGUGUUGAUGCACAGAGGAGAAUCCUGAAUCGCAACCACCGAAGACUACGUCAGGAUGUGGACAUCGAGACCAUUUACCCGCACCUCAACGAGCACAGUCUACUGUCAGACCACGAGAGAGAAAUUCUACUCAACGUUUACCACACACGACAGUUCAAGAUAGACAAACUGUUACAGUGGAUACCCACGAAAGGCAGUGGUGCAUUGGAUAAGUUUAUAGAUUGUCUGCAGAGGUCUAGUCGCGACGCUAGUGGCCACGAAGAGCUCGCAGACCUGUUGAAGCGAGAUGUUGAUCGUGACAGAGACAAGCCUGAUCUAGACAAGUGGCUGCGAAUACCCGCCCCUCGUUUAUCAACAAUUAAAAAGGCAUCUGUAUUGGCAUUGUUUGGUCUACUGCUCCUGCUAUCGUGUCCCCUUCUCUUCCACAAAUCCCAGCUAAAACAACUGUUUGAAUGGUCCACACACUCCCUUCUCCUCCCACAGCCUUGUGCGCCAUUCCUCGGUAGAGACAGAGAGACUAGUGACCUAAUGAGAGUACUGGACAUGCAGAGUGAUGAAGUGAGAAUAGUCAAAUCUGGUCGGUGCCGCUGGUAUAGGGAAGAGUUGUCUCGCAGUUCAAGUUGGGGCACCAGCUUAUAGACAGUGGGGCUACAGUUAGCUACCUUGAUGCUAGUCUUCUCUCUCUGGACAGCCUGCCAGAUGUGAUCCUUCAGACUACAGGUUCUGUUCAUGGCAGUAGGAACUCUACUGAGAGAUUGCUACACUGGCUGCGUAGGGAGAUGAAAUACCCUAUAGUUGUGAUACUGGACAACUUUGAUAGAAUGCUUGCUACUGAUCGAGAAAGAGUGUUAAAAUAUAUCGACAUGCUGUUUGAAAAUGCUGCAGCAACAGUCAAAGUUCUCAUCACUAGUAGAAAGAAGAUUCCCUUGUCUGAUCACAGCUCUGAGUACGAAAUCGAGUCAAUCACUUUUGACAGCUCAUGCCAACUCUUGCGUAGUGUCAGUGAGAGAGAUUUAAGUGCAAGAGAUUGUGAGUCUAUCACAAAACUAAUAGCUGGAAAAUCGCUCCUCUGUCUGGCAAUGAUAGGGAACGUUCUCAAAUCAACCACUGCAGACGUCUCUAAAGUCAUCUCCAGUCUGAAGAAAGAGCAGAAAACACAAGGGCCUGGUUUUGAAACACAAUCAGAUGCAUGUAUAAGACUUUCACUGAACAAUCUGAAGAAGAGACUGUUGAGCUUUGGAAAAUACCUGUCCAUGUUUCCUGGUUCAUUUUCCCUCACCGAUGCUUGUGCUGUUAUGUCAUCUUUUGUAAGAGAAGAGUGCUUGGUAGAAAAACUGAUAGAGAGCGGACUCCUGCAGGUAACCGAAGGAAAUCACUAUCAUUUCAGAGAUACAGUCAAGAAGCACUUCAGAAGGCUCAGGGAAGAGUCUGGAAUCGAUGAGAGCAUUUUCUGGAGAGAAUACUUGAAACAUUUCUCUGAAGUUCUUGAAAGACGGUCCCAGGAGUUUCAGAGGAAUUCAAAUCAUGCUCUCAAACUACAUGAACUGGAGAAGCAAGAAAUUCGUCUCUUUCUAAGAACAUCUAUCGAUUGUUGUGGAGACUUUGCCAGUGUAUGUUUGAAGGUGUUGCACAGUAUCAAAGUUGCAGUCGAGAGUCAGUUUCUAGUUUCGCUCUUUGGCCAAAGUGAUCUGGUUUAUUUGCUUCAGACUACACUCUCAAGCAUUGAUCUUAUAGUGGAGAGCAGUAAACUGGAUGCCUAUAGAGCAGAUAUUGUUAACCUCUAUGCAUUUUUUGCCCUGGAACUUGCAGAACAAAGACCAGCACAGAAAGACAUUGUUUUUGAACAGGCUCAGAUUUGGUUGGACCGGUAUACCAAUGAGGUAACAAUCUCACUUUCCAUCAGAUGACUUUUACCUGAAGCUCUCUAGUCACUACAGCAG